CCGACUAUACUGCGGCCGAUUUCAGUCGCAUUUUGCGCCAACAUCACUGCUGAAAGCUCGCCUGAACGCUGAAAACUUAGCGCUGAAAUAAUUCAAUUUACGCUUUAUUAUUUAAUCGAUUCUUUCAAUUGAAGUGAUAGUGAAGAAUUGAACAUGGCUGCCGAAGCAGGUCCCGCUCAAACCGGGCUUGCGCCCCCAGAGGGCGAGACGGGGCCCGAUGGUGAGAUCAUCGGAGGGCCUCGCACGCCGCAGCAGAUUGCAGCCCAGAGGCGGUUGCAGCAGACGCAGGCGCAAGUCGAUGAGGUAGUGGACAUCAUGAAAACAAACAUGGACAAGGUGCUGGACCGAGACGUGAAACUAUCAGAACUUGACGACAGAGCAGACGCCCUGCAGUAUGGAGCGUCACAGUUUGAGCAACAAGCCAAAAGUUUGAAGAACAAGUUCUGGUUACAAAAUCUUAAGAUGAUGAUAAUAAUGGGAGUGAUCGGGAUCGUUAUAAUAGGCCUACUAUUUGUUCGGUACCGAGGAACGUCAACUGUGACGGCCCCACCACCGAUCGCACCCGGCAAUAACACUGUGACAACAAAUACUAACCAUUGAAAAUAUAUGUAAUUAAUUCACUCGUCGCAUCCGUUGGGUUCCACUUCAAAUGUGAAGCUAAUUUAUUAUAAUAUAAUAUUUUAUUAUUUAUCUAUUGUGGACGUAUUAAUAAAAUUGUAACAACUAGGCUCUAACUUUAAAGGAACGAAAUAUUACACAAUAUACUCGGCUGUUUUUUGAAUAAUUCAAUUAUUCAAAAUUUUAAACUUUAACUAGAUUAUAAUAUUCGAAAAUAAUUAUGUCAACAAAAUAAUUAUGUGGUUAAAAAUCUUUAAAAUGAUGCUUAAAUUAUAAAAUGUAACGUUAGCCUUAAGUGAAGACAUAAGUUCUAAUCUAUCCGUAUACAAGGUUUAGAUUAAAAAAGGUUUAGUAAAAAAGAUUUUGCUCUUUUCAUAUUGGAAACACGACAUUCACUAAAUUUAAAACAACUAAAUAUGGCUGUUUGAAAAUUUAUUUGCGUGCCUUGUAGAUACUAUUUAGAGUCCUGUUUCUAUGUACGUAAUAUCUAUUUGCUCAUUUAAACGUACUAUGAAUAUCUAUGUAUUUAUAAUUAAUAACUACUGUCGGCCAAAAGCUUGUGAAAGCGUUCAGGUUCUUCCAAAUGUAGUGGAAUCUUUCUGAUACUGUAAAAUAGCUCUAUAUUGACACAAUAUUAAUCUAUAUUCCUAACACUAAUAUCUUGUGUUUUCUCAUUGUAUAACACCAAAUACAACAGCGAUGGUAGAAAUAUGGAAUUGAACUGUAAGAAAAAUAAUUAUAAUAUUUAAAAUUAUUUUCGCUUAUUUUAUAGUUUAACAGAUCUUAUGAAUAGAAUUAUUGUAAAAUUAAUUGUAAUUAUUUCGGAAGUCCAUUAGUAUUCAUAGCGUCUUAGAAGUCAAUUAUUUGCAAUUUACAGAAAAAUAUUCUUAUAUUUUAGCGGCUUAAAGCAAGUCAAUUAAAUACAGAAGUGGAUUUAACAAUUUAAUUAUUGCUAUUUAAUAUAGAAAUUAUUUUUAGGACAGCGAUUAUUAUUGAAAUUAUUUACGUCAAUGUAUUUUAGGCUGAAACAAAUGAAACUGUAAAUGCUUACAGUUUUGGAGUGCCGUCAUAUAACUUUGCACUUAUAUGCCUAAUUAACGGAAUAAUAAUUAUUUGCAUUAAUAAGUAUAAAACUAUACUAUAAUUACUUAGAAUACAUACAGUUGGGUAAAGGAGACGAGGUUGUAUUUUCUCUGUAGGUACAAUGUGAAAUUGUAAGCAGUUACAAAUCAAGGUGCCACUGACAAUAUUAGUUCUUUUAUAAUAUAACGAGUGUGAUAAUUAAAUGAAUUAUAUAAUUAUAAUUAUUUGACUAUUCGGUGUGCUAAUCGCUUGUCUUUUCAAUGUAGUUAUAUUAACUUAACUACAAGACUUAAGAGGGAAGACAUAAGACAAAUUCUAUUAUACACACUGUAGAAAAUUAUAUUCUAUCUAUUUCAUAGUGUAUCUCAUAGGAUAUCUUAUAGCAUUCCUAAUAAAGUGUAUACAAUUUCCCCAUCAUACGAUCUCAAUGCCCCAAUGGGUUGUGACGUUGAUCCAAGUUUAUGUCGCAGAUUACGAAAAAAACAUAAAAUGUUCAGAAUUUUGUAUUCUUCAAUAUAAACUUAGAACAACCUCAAUACUAAUUUGCGAAUUAUAAUAAUUAAAAAUUCCUUAAUGUUUAAAAUUCCUUGACAGUUGCCAUUUGCAACUUUAAUUCAAAGAUUAAAUAUUUUAUUCGACGAGUUAAAUAAUUAAAAUCUAUUUAUAUUUAACGAAAUAAUUAUUUAUUUAACAAUUAAAUGUUGUAGUGUAAGAUAUUUUUAUUUCAAUUUUAAUUUAUAACAUUUACGAAUUUGCCGUGUUAUCAUUAAAUUAUUAUUGAAAGUCACAGAUUAUACCAUUAUAAAUGUUGUAAUUAUUUAAAAACUCUAAUGUACAUGGAA